UUCAGUGUGUUAUUCUCAGAGCUGAGAAGGAGCAGCUUCCCUCUGCAGCUCCUCCGGCUUCAUCAACACUUUAAAGACUCUUCUCCACUUAUAUGAAAAUAUAAAAACCCACCAAGCCGCUGAAGAUUGACGGUUGUCGUCGUAGUGUGCCAUGCCGGUGUUAGUGGAGGAACCCGCUCUUCUGUCUAAAUCUAGACUCAGAUCAGAUUUCGUCAGGCACAAUGGGAAGCUGCACCUGAAACACAUCGACCAGAGGAACGCUGUAGAUUUUUCAAGCGACGAGGAAGAAGACAUUCAAGAUAAAGCUGAAAAGGAGGAGAAUCCAGAGGAAGCAGAGAUGCCUGACCCGAGCGGUUUGACUGACGACGACCUCAAGGCCGCGCUGCUCCGACUCGGGUUCAAACCCGGGCCCAUAGUCGCCACCACCAGGGCUUUGUAUCAGAAGAAGCUCAGCAGACUGCUCCGGUCCAAUGGCUGCAACCUACUUAAAGGAGCAGAGAAGGUGAUGUACUCGGCCAGUGAAGAAGAGGAGGAGGAGGAAAACGGGGAGGACGAUGAUGCAGAGUCAGGGACUUGUCCAGGUGCUGAGGAAGAAAAGCAGGAAGCGACUGAGCAGUCGGACGAGGCUCAGCCAGGGAGCAUCCAGAGAGGAGACUUUUUUUACCCACAGUGCUUUUUACCUUCAUCCAGACUGCGUGCUCGCGCUUCUAGGAACAAGGAGCCUGGUCCCGUGUGGAAUUCAGGGAAUGCAUUAAAAUCAUCAGAGCCGAGUCGGCCUCGCUGCUCGCAGAUUCCUGCAGGAAUUAGCAGAGCAUCCUCUGUAGAUCACUGCCCAGGAUUAGGAUCAGGGGUUCAAGCUGGAUCACAGACGGUUGUGGCCGACGCUUCCUCCUCAUUUUCCUCUCAGGUCUUCAGCAUCACUGAAAUGGUCGAGGAGAUGGAGAGUCGGGGGUCCCUCUCCACUAGCUCGAACACAGUGAGAGAGUUCGAUGCGAGCGAUGUGCAGGAGCAUGGGUCAGGGUCCAGCCGGCUGGACACGCCAGUUGUGGACAGCAGCUCCAUGAAGAACCGCUCUGUGUACUGCACCCCCGGGACUUCCCCUCAGGAACGGGGAAUGAAGCCACCUCGGGAGCCUGUGAUCGAUACCUUCAAGGACUUGCUCCCCGCUGAGACCACACCCACGGCGCCACUCGUCGGAGACCCAUCAAGGGGGCCGCGGGCAGACCUGUGCAGUAUGCGUACCCGGACACCCCGUUCAGUCCCACGACCCUUGAGAGACGGGAGGUGGAGCGCCGCCUGGUGCCCAUCCACAUACGGUUACUGUUCUUCAUGGUCAUGGCGUGCGUCCUCUACCUCGUUUAUGCGUUGGUUUAGGACAAGUCACUCAGGGCCGUUCGUGGCAAGACACAACACACACCAGCACUUUCUGAACAGGAGUAACUGUGAUUUUUAUAAACUUACAGAUGUCACAUUACUUCUUUUUUUGUUGAUGCAUGUUAUGAUAACUUUGUCUUGGAUUGUCUUCAGGGAGCACACACUGUAUUAAUUUAUCACUUUUGCCAUUUACUGACUAUUUGUACGUCUGCAUUGGAGCAAACACUUCUACAUUUUUUAAUAUUUUGCUUAUGUAAUUGAUUCCAAUCUGGUCUCUGUGGUAAAAACAAUCUCAUACACAAGAUCUGAAUAUUUUGUCAAAUUGUGUACUUUUUGUGUAACCUGAUCGUAAUUGAUGCCACAGUUUGUCUAUGUGCAUUAUUUUUUUAAAGAAAAUAAUUAAAUCUUACUUCAAUAAAGGAACUUCCGCUUCA